ACGUAGUUCAUCACGAGAUAUUGAAAUAUGUAAUCUGAAUCAGCUGUCGUCGCAAUGUUAAACGUAAAUAGAGAAGUGUACAUUUAAGCACCGAAAAUAUUUUUAAAAUGAGGUUUUAUUCAAUCAGUAAUAAACUUUUACCUAAAAGUUUUGUAAUUUAUAUUAUAAUUUUCGGUUUUGAUGUGUGGACUAUUGUGUCAAAUGCGCAAGAAGUUUCUAACCUCACAUUAAAUGGUAAAAAUAAUGUAUCAAGAGAUUCCACGCCAACGAACUUAAAUACUAAUGUAUCAAUAGAAUUACAUACAUUCGAAAACUCUGACAACAAUAAUUUAAAAUUGAAUACUACAGCUGCAAGUAUAAUAAAUACAUCUCAAAAUGUAUCUACAACUUCAAUUCGACCAGAUCGUGAUAAUCAAACAACAGAGAAGAUUAACACAGUAUCUACAAGCACUGUUAACGAUAAAACUGGAAACAACAUGUCAGAUUUCACAAUUUCUUCACAAAGUCCAGACAUUAGCAACACAACAAAUACAAGUACAACAACAGUUGUACCAGCAGAACCGGUAUUACCAGAUAAGGGAUCCGCAGAAGAAGAACAUAACAGUUCUAUGUCCAUAUUUUUCGUCCUUUGCGUUUUAGCUUUAGGCAUUUUACUUAUACAUCUUAUGCUACAAACAAAUUUUCAAUAUCUACCAGAGUCAGUAGUAAUUGUUUUCUUGGGAGGAGCUAUUGGUAUGAUUAUAAAUCUUAUGUCAAAUCAAAAUAUUGCGAAUUGGAGAAAAGAAGAAGCAUUUUCUCCAACUGCAUUUUUUCUUGUACUCCUCCCACCUAUUAUAUUUGAAUCAGGAUAUAAUUUGCACAAAGGAAAUUUCUUUCAGAAUAUUGGUAGUAUUUUAGUGUUUGCUAUAUUUGGAACAGCAAUAUCUGCAUUUGUUAUUGGAGCUGGAAUUUAUUUGUUGGGAUUAGCGCAGGUAGCAUACAAACUUAGUUUUGUUGAAAGUUUUGCAUUUGGAUCAUUGAUAUCAGCAGUUGAUCCUGUUGCUACUGUAGCUAUAUUUCAUGCCUUAGAAGUUGAUCCAGUAUUAAACAUGUUAGUUUUUGGUGAAUCUAUAUUAAAUGAUGCCAUUUCAAUUGUAUUAACUACAUCUGUACUGGAAUCUAAUAAUGCAACAACUACCAGUGAGGCCAUUAUACUUGGUUUAAAUAGAUUUUGUCUUAUGUUUUUUGCCUCUGCUGGCAUUGGAGUUGUUUUUGCUCUCAUAAGUGCAUUAUUACUUAAACAUGUGGAUCUUAGAAAAAAUCCUUCUCUUGAAUUUGGACUUAUGUUGGUAUUUACUUAUGCACCUUAUGUUUUGGCAGAAGGCAUACAACUAUCUGGUAUUAUGGCAAUUUUAUUUAAUGGAAUUGUAAUGUCACAUUAUACACAUUUCAAUUUAUCAACUGUUACUCAAAUUACAAUGCAACAAACUAUGAGAACUUUAGCAUUUAUUGCUGAAACUUGUGUAUUUGCAUAUCUAGGAUUAGCUUUAUUUAGUUUCAGACAUAGGGUUGAACCAGCACUGAUUAUAUGGUCUAUAAUUCUAUGUUUGAUUGGUAGAGCUGCAAAUAUUUUUCCUUUAGCUUUUCUUGUAAAUCGUUUUCGAGAACAUCAGAUUACUAGGAAAAUGAUGUUCAUAAUGUGGUUUAGUGGUUUACGUGGUGCUAUUUCUUAUGCUUUAUCAUUACAUUUGGAUUUUAGCGAUGAAACACGACAUGUAAUUAUAACCACUACAUUAAUUAUUGUACUGUUUACAACACUAAUAUUUGGUGGUUCUACUAUGCCAUUACUGAAAUUUUUAAGAGCAGAAAAGAAACAAAAGAAUAAUAGUAGAAGGAAAAGGAAAGAUAAAGAAGUGUCACUAAGUAAAACUAGAGAAUGGGGACAAACAAUAGAUUCUGAACAUUUAUCAGAACUUACAGAAGAAGAGAUUGAAGUAUCUUUUCUUCAGUCUCGUAUUCGUGGUUUUGCAAGAUGGGAUCUUAAAUUCUUUAUUCCUUUUUUUACAAGGAGGUUUACACAACAAGAAUUAAAAGAUUGUAAAUCUCAAAUGACAGAUUUAACAAAUCAAUGGUAUCAAGCCAUUCGAAUUAGUCCAAUGGAAUCAGAUGAUGAAGUAACUGCAUCAACAGCACAACUAAAUAUUAAUUUAUCCGUGGAAAAUCAGAGUCAGAUACAUGGAAAACAAAGCAAAAGACGUCCAAGUCACGGAAAAAAAUAUAUUAUUAAAAAAACUCUUAUCUGUUAGCUUCAGCGAGUAGCUUAUGGUUGUUGUAUAGAUACAAAAAAUGAAUGGUGAUGAAGAUCAUAUGGCAUCUAAACAUUUGUUUUGCUGUCAAAGCUUAUUGUUGGUGAGGGGUUAUAUUUUAUAUGCAUCAAGAUUUCGAAAAAUUAACAAAUUUACAAUUAAUUUACAGAGAGGACGAGGAUUGGUCUGAUUAAUGGUCAAAUAAAUUUAGUUUCAAGUAAAUUAUAGAUAAAUUUAUGAGUGUCUCAUCAGUCAAUAUUAUUGCACCAGAAAGUAUUGCAAAUUUAUAUUAUAGAAAUUAAUAUUGGACAAGUAUACAAAUGACAAAUUCUUAUAUUAAAGAUGAUACAGUUGAUCA